CUCGACGGGGAGAUCCAAUAGCGCCAUCGUGGCACCGUAUACUCUCGUAAGAGUGAAAACGCGCAACCUCGUAACAACCAGAUUCCUAACGCAUCCAGAGUCGAUCUGGCUGCAGACACGAGGCCUUGCGUUACGUGGCGACAGCCUCCAGGUGUUGUAUUGGUGCUAAGAUAGCGUGCUUCGAUCCUGUAUCCGGGUGAUAUGGAAGGUUCGGGACGAUGUUCGGAUGGGAGACUGCCAAGCGGUCUGCUGUCGGAGAGCCUCCAUUUAUCUUGAAAGAAAAUGAACCACCUUCUUUGUUGCAUUUGUCCCGAGUAGAAAGGGCACAUCAGAUGCACGACAAGGGAACUUGGCUGGAAGAACCCUUGUGCAAGGUUCAGAUACAAAGAGAAGGUACAAAGAGAAGGAAGUUUGCCUCCAAGUUGCUUGGCCAGUCAUUCAUGUUGGUUGUGGUCCAUGAUUGGUCCUGCACUGGAGGUCCGAGUAUGUGUUGCUCGGGAUUGCUCGUGUUGAUUGUUGUCCUCCUAGCUGGCAUGCCGGUAUUCCUGGCGAAGCAAACUUGUCACUUACUUCCCAUUGCCUGGUCCAAUGUCCAGCAAGAGACAAGCGCCGGACAGAGGCAGAGGCCACGACGCAGACUAACCCGGCGAGCAAUGCCAGGAUGUUGUUGGUGCUUGCAAGGUGAGGAGGAAAGGGCUGGCAGGCAAUCCAUUCCUGGUGGUUGCCGGCGAAAGAGAAGAGCACCACAAGGAACGUGCCUUCCCCAUCUGGCGACGAUGCACUGGCAGCCCUCGCAGCAUCUUCUGGCCUUGCCUCCCCACAACAACACCUGCAGAUGCCAUGGGCAAGCAUCCGUUCCUCGCCAUUGUCGCUCCUGCGUUUUCGUCCUGGCAUUGCUCUCCAAUGUCAUCUGCACCCGCCCACGAGCCUUGCCCCGAACGGCAUUUGCGACCACGGGCAGAGUGCUCGACAUGGCUAUCACCUGCACGCAAGUGGGAGUGACGGCAUCGAGGGCCCCGGCCUCCCCCACCUGCCACUUGCUUUGAUGUACAGUAUCCACAAGCUUCGAGCUCGAACAGAGAUUUCUUC